UUGGAAGGGUCGUCUCGCCUCUCGUUCGCCAUGAUGUCGCCCACAGGCCUCCGCUCGCCCUCGAACCCUCGCUCAGCCGCUGCGUCACCCCGACCGUCGUUCGAUUCGGAUCUGCUACGAGCCUAUAUGAAGAAGCUGCUGCAGUCAACACUGCAGACCGCAACCUGGCCACCGGCGCGUGAGCGAGACAGGGUAAAGGCAUGGAUGAAAGAGAUUGGGGAGCGCGUUAAAGAACGCAUGCUUGAGAUUCAACCGCGUGGAUAUAAGUACAUCGUCAUGACGCAAAUCAACGAAAAUUUGGGGCAGGGAGGAAGGGCUGACAUGGUCUGCCACUGGGAAGACACAGACACUGUGGCACAAGAAAUGUUUGCAAACGAAUCAAUAAUAUGUAUAUGUGUUGCGUUCGCUGUGCGGACAAUAUGACUAUCCAGGUCGCGUGCAUACUUCCAUCGUCGUCAAUAUCUUAUGCUAUACCUCAACACGAUGGGACGGAUAUACCCACAAUUUCGGCCGUUGACAUGUGUUGGAUAGAGCGCGCAGGAAAUAGUGUAUGUUAUGGUGUGGAGCACAUCGCUAUCUUACUCUUAUAAUUGUAAUAGACACUGUAAACUUCAGAUGUUUCAGGUGCUUGACGCGGCAACAUAGCGCUGCUUUCUAGUGGAAGCAUCAAAAAUGCUCCUAAGACGCAAGUUGCAUGCCGAUUUGCUUGUACAGCGACCUCCAUCUCGUGAAAUCCUCUGAGAGAUGUCAGCUACCGACGACCUUUCU